AUGCAGAGGACACAAAUUACGAUGUCCUCGGGAGGACCAGACCGGCCAGUCCUGUACGCGGUGCCUGCGCGCCGGUGCCAUGUGUAUUACAAGCAAUCUGCGCCCUCUCGGACGGCCGGCACGGAAGACUACCCCGGGAAACAGCCAGGGACGGGAACGACGCCCACGAAAGCCUAUCCCACCCAAAAUCCAAACCAUCUAUUCGGCGCCGAGAAACAUCACGGGAGCAGGAGAGAUGAUGGCCCGCCGGAGGGCCCAGGAGCUUUCGACGCAAAUGGUCCCGCUUUUUUUGGCCUGGAUCCGGCAAUUCUCUUGGGCCUCUCGGGGGUCAGCGAUGAUUUCCUGGGGGGCGGGCUGUCGAGUGGCCAGAACUCUUUCGGGAUUCCCUCGCUGAAUGGCACGCAUAUCCCCAGCCCCAGAGAUGCGGAGAGCGCAUAUGCCGACACCAGCCAUAGAUCGAGUGAUCAAAGCCAGUAUUUCAGGGACGAAUCCAGCCAAAGACUGGAUUCCGACUCCCUGAGAGCUGCCGAUCCUUCCAAGCAGCCACGGAAGACGAUGAGCAGCGCGGAUGCCGUUCAGAGGCUGUCUGUCCUGAUUCAGUCGCUGAGCAAGCAACUGGAGCGACUCAAGACCGCACCUUGGAGUGUCACCCUGGUCAAUAUCGUGUGUACCAAGCAGGGCCAGGAGGCAGCCAAUUCGAACCCCCUCGGAGAGGUCCUUCAAAGCACCUCCGAGUUCGUGCAAGUCCUCCAAACCAUCGCUUUCAAGACCUCUGCAGACCAGCCGGUGUCUGCAUUUCAAUCACCCAACUCCGAUCCCACCACGCUGUCGUCAUCGGGGUCUGACAUGUACUGCUCUCGCGCGGCAGCGAAUCUGAACAACGCCGUGCAGCCGCUUCAUAUCAGCUCUUCGCCCUUUGGCCAACUGCACACUCCAGAAUUCAGGAUUCCACCGCCCUCCGACCAUUCCAAACCGGAUCUCUCGACCGCUCUCCUGAUCCUAACCUGCUACAUUCAGAUUAUCCAGAUCUAUAACCUUCUCUUCCUGCGCGUCUGCGAGUCUCUAUCGGAAAUGUCGCACCAGUCCAUCUCAUCCCUCCAAUCUGUACCGGGCCUCCAGCUUGGAGGAUUCCCCGUCCAGUACGGGAAUCUGCAGAUCAAGAUUCUCGUCCAGGUGAUCAUGCAUCUUCUGUCUCACAUCGAACGCUUGCUGGGAACAUCUGCGGAGUUCCAUCUUGACCCUGCCAGCGGCUCCAAUGAUGGUCUCCUCAGUAGUUCGGAGCUGACCGCGCUGUCGCGGAUGGUGAUGAGUCAAAAGGACGACAAGGAGAGUGAUGGGAUGGGUGUUGGGUAUAUUUCCUCGCUCCGGAAGAAAAUGAAAAAGAUCCAGCAGAUGUUGGAACUGAACCCUUUUUUGUAG